CUGCAGCAGGUGCUGGGGAAGCAGGAUGUUGGGUUCCGUUCGAUAGAACAGGAGCAGGCUUUGUACGCAGUGUUGGAUAAGCAGACGCCACUAGUGGUGGUACUCCCAACAGGAGGGGGCAAGAGCUUGCUGUUUACGCUGCCGGCAUGUAUAGAGGAGAGUGGGGUGACGGUGGUAGUGGUGCCGUAUCGGGCGUUGAUUGAGGACUUGGUUGUUCAGGUUAGCAGCUAUGGCGUUGACUGUAUAGAGUGGAAGCAUGGCGAGAACAACCCAGCGUCUGUGGUGUUUGUCAGCGCAGACGUAGUAGGCGACGUCACAAGCAACGGCAACUUUUUAGGCAUGCUGGUGCGCAACGCAACGUACAUCCGGGCGAGCACAACACGGCCGAACGCACGGUACUUUGUAUCUUGGUGUCAGCGCGGAAAAUUAGAAGAUACAGCGUUAGUGGUGUGCAAGCGGUGGGCAGAGAAGCUGGGGCAGUGUGGACAGAAGGGGGUGGUGUAC